AUGGCAAUGGGAAGAAGUCAAAAUCGUUCUAUAAACGAAGCACUCAAUUGGGCUGAAGUAACAGCUUCGAGACUAGUAAAUUGUUACUAUCAUGAGUUAUCUGGACGAUGGGCCAAAGAAUUAGCAUGGCAAUCUGGCAAUACAUUAGAAUCACUUGCUAAUUUUGUAUCUCUUACUGAUUCCCCAUUGAAAUAUGUUUUUCAUAAUACAUACAGCAAAACGGACAUAUAUGCUGGUGGUGAUUGUUAUGACGAUCAUCAAUGGUGGUUACUUGCUUGGAUGCAAAUAUACAAUGUUGAUCGGGAUAUAAAAUAUUUAAAACGAGCUGCAGCUAUCUAUGAUGUCGUUUCUAAGAAAGCAUGGACCACAGCAACAUGUAAUGGUGGCAUUCAAUGGUGUCCAACAAGAGAUUACAAAAAUGCCAUAACUAAUGAAUUAUUUCUAUCGAGUAGUAUGCGUUUACAUCCGUAUGCUGCACUGCUCGAUAAACCAUUGACAUACUAUCUUGAUUGGGCAUUAAAAGAAUGGCAAUGGCUUGAACAAAGUGGAAUGAUUAAUAGCUAUUAUUUGAUUAAUGACGGAUUAAGUUCACCGCAGCGGCUUCAUAUCAAACAAAGGAAAUAUUUAAAUGAUAAUACAUGUGUAAACAAUAAUCAAACCACGUGGACAUAUAAUCAAGGUGUAAUUCUCUCAGGUUUAGCACUAUUAUAUAAUGCUACAAACAACUCAACGUUGAUUAGCAUUGCGCAAAAUAUAGCCGAUUCUACAAUAGCACUAUUAACUUAUUCAAGCGGAAUAUUAAAAGAACCAUGCGAACCUAAGUGCGAUGAUGAUCAGCACUUAUUCAAAGGAAUAUUUGCUCGUCAUCUAGGUUAUUUACUACCAUAUCUUACAGAUAGAUUUCACAUACAAAAAUAUACAUUAUUUCUACAACAAAAUGCAGUAUCACUUCUGACCACGAAUCGAUGUGAAUUAGACGGUUUAUUUGACUUGUUUUGGAAUAAUAAUAAUUCAUCUACUAGUUGUAAUUUAUCUCGUGAUACUGCUACAACUUCAGCGGCAUUCGAUUUAUUUAUAUCGGUUGCAAAGACUAAACAGCAGAUGCUAUCAUCAAAGUGGAUUUUGCUCGGUCUUGGUAACUGUAUGGAUGAUAGUAAUUCAUCGAUGGCAAAUUUUUAUAAAAAUGAUAUUAAUGAAACAAUUUGUCGUACAACUGCUAAUGCAGAUAAUGGUUCUAUUGCCUAUGAUUAUGAAUUGAAAUGUAACGGUGGCGGCUUUUGUCGUAUUCGUACAUUAUCUGAUCGACAUCAAACACCUGAUGGAUGGACGUAUGAAGAUGGUAUUGCACAUGAUGUUACACGUACAAAUAAAGUGUCACUUACAAACUGUUAUUUAAAAACAGAUUCAAUAGAACAAUAUUAA